AUGUCUACAGAUUGUACCCAAAUAUUUUUUCCAUCUGAUUAAUAAAAUGAAGAAGGAUACAUUAUUGGAUUCAACACUAGAGGAUUUAAUUUUACUAUAUUACAAAUUAUAAAUAAUAAAAGCAUUGAAGAAAUAGAAAACUAAUUAAACAAUUGGGAUAAGCAAGAGAGAAUUUAAUUAAUUUGUGGAGUAAAUUUGUUUAUUAACAGUUUAGACAAAACUACAGGUCUUAGGAAUAGUUGGGAAAAAAAGCGAUUAAUAAUUCAGAGAAACUUGGUUGUGGUUAAAAAAUAAUAAAUUAGAAGAGUUGAUGAUAUGUGGAUAUAAAUAUUAGACAAAGUGUACAAUAGUUUAUUAUGAUAAGCUUAUAUAAAAUUAGAUAAUAUCAAAUGAAAUUGAUAAUUAUUUAGAUCCUAAUCAUAAAUCAAUUUUAACAAUAAAUCCUAUGAUAGCAUUUGAUUAAAAUCAUUCAGAAGAGAUUACUAAAAUAUGUGAUAAAGAUAAAUUAAAUGAAUUAGAUUAUUCAUUAAUACAUAUUAAUUGGAGACAACAUAUUUUAAGAGAAUUCAAUAAAUAUAUUAAUAAUAAAUCUAAUUCUGAAUAAAAUUAUUACUAUUGUUAUCUUAAAAAUGAUACAAUAAAUACAUUAUUGAAAAUUAUUCUCAAAAUUACAUAUUUUUAGAAAAUAGUAUUCUAAUUUGUAAUAAAAAUUAUGGAAUUUAGAAUUAUGGGUAAAAAUCUUUAAGAUUUUGGUUUCUUAUCAUAUACUAUGAAAUAAGUUAAUUUUAAAUAUAAUUUAUUUAAUUAAUGGAAUGAUCAAGCAGGAGAAUUAGUAUCAUAACACUAACCUUUAUUUAUUUCAAAUUUGAAAUAUAAUUAUCAUAAAUUAUUUUCAGGAAUCUUAUUUGUAUUUUUGGAUAUAUUAUUUGGUGUAUUAAGUUUGUUAUUACUUUAUUAUAAUGUUACUUAAUUGAGAGACUUUUUACAUAAAUAUGGAUCUAGUAUACAUAUAGAAGUGUUGUCAAAAGAAGUUGAAUGGUUGAUGGGAUUUCCUGCAGGAUUAAAAACCAAUAAACCUUUAAAUUAUGUAUUAGGAUAAAUGAUUAUGUAUAUAAUUGUAUUAUGGAAUCAUAUAACUACAUUUAUUACACCUUAUGAAAAUAUUUUAUUAAGAGCUGUUAUGAUAUUUGGAUUAUUUGGAUUAAAUUUUGAAUUGUCCUUAGCUAUAGAUAUUAUAUCUUUAUGUACUAUUCAUGUAUAUUACAUAUAUAAAAUGUUGAUGGUUAUUUAUAGAUAAUUAUGGGUGAUGAUAAUUUGUUUUUAUCGAAUUACCUAAAAUAAAUACAUAAAUAAAUAUAGAAAUAAAUUAGAAGAUCAUCCAUUUUUAUGGGAUUAAAAGAUUAUAUCUAUGUUUUUAGGUUUUUUUUUACUAAUGAUGAUACCAACUGUUUCAUUGUAUUAUUUUUGGUUUUUGUUAAUUGUAAUAUUCAUUUAUUUAGUGAAAUUAAGUUUGAUUAGUUUUUAAAGGAUAUUUAGUAAAUUUCCAUUAUUUUUAUUAUGUUCUUAUUUAUAUUUACAUAAUAUACCUUAAAUAUUAGAAAUGAAUAUUUAAUAAAUUUAAAAUAAUACUGUGAUUGUAAAGAUGAUAUAUAAGAAAGUGAAAAUUACUCAAGUAAUAAAAUUAAAUAGUAAAAUUUAUUUAUAUAUUAGAAUUAUUGACUCUAAAAUAAUAAUUUAAUAUAGCUUAAAUCAUAAAAUCAAUAUUUGUAGGUUAAGAUAUUAUGAUAAAAUCAAAAACAUAGAAAACCAUUAUAAAAUAAAUUAAACACAAUGUAGAUUAUUUAGUACAAUUAUGA